AUGUCCUCAAUGAAAUUAGAGCCGCAACCCACUCAGCAAUCGUCUCCGUUCCUCGUUCCGGGUCUUAUAUCUGGAGCUCCCGUGGAGCCAGCGUUCGACAUGAACUCUUCGCCAGCACCGAUUUCUGCCGCUACCAACUACUGCCCACCGCCUUUCAACGGUAUGCAGGGAACGCCGGGCGGCUACUCUCCCGAAGGGAUCUACCAAACGAGCAAUCAGCAUCCGUCAUGGUACACCACGACUCCUUCGCCGGAUCCUCGUUUUGCCAUAUCCCGGCUCAUGAGCUCGUCGUCGGGGCCUUCGAUCCCCUCGUCAUCGGGAGGGCCCCUCCAGUUCCCCCUCAGUCAGCAACGUCGCAAGCGAAGGAUUCUAUUCACUCAAGCGCAGGUCUAUGAGCUCGAACGUCGCUUCAAACAACAGAAAUACCUAUCGGCGCCCGAGAGGGAGCACCUCGCCAACCUCAUACAUCUCACGCCGACCCAAGUCAAGAUCUGGUUCCAAAACCAUCGCUACAAGUGCAAACGCCAAGCCAAGGAAAAGGCAAUGUCCGAAUCUCACUCGCCGCGCAAGGUCGCCGUUCCCGUACUUGUUAAGGAUGGCAAACCAUGUUCGCCGGACAUGAUGCACGACUCAUCGUCGCCGGACAACAUCCACCAACAGAUGAUGUCCUGCUACCCCCACGACCCGCAGGCCCAUCUGCAUUCUCAGCUCCUGCACCAUCAGCAGGUCCAGUACUCUCAUCCGCAACAAGACGGUCACGGACAUCUCACAGCGAAUCCCUAUCUACAUCUACAAGGGAGAACGUGGUAG